AUGUACCUCCGCGUCAAGCGCCGCCAGCAGUCGUUCUUUGUGCUCACAGAGCCGCACGAGGCCUUUGUCAAGAUCAAGGAAACGAUCGCGUCCAUCUUGGGCCUGUCCGGGCCGGGCCAAGUCCAGCUGUGGCACACCAACAAGCAAAAGGAGCUCUUGGACGUGGCAACUGUCGCCGACCAAGAGCUCGAGAACGACGCUGUGAUUUACCUCUGCCUCAAGAAAGAGAAUACCGAGCAGUGGGAAGACAUCCAAGUCGCCAAGCUCGAGCUCGAGCACGACAGCAACAACAACCGCGCGGCCGUGGAAUAA